AGCGAUUUUACUAGAUCUGCACAUUCAAGGAAAUGCGUCGAACUGUGAUACUUCUUGACCAGACUACUGGUCCGCACAAGGCGUACAAGUACACUUACAUGCCAGACCCGAGAAAACUGGCACCUAUUGAAACUACGAUGCGAACAGAAGUGCUCCCUGUUGUGAUUCGCCCACCGACCUCUUAUGUCCCCAAUCACGAAGUAUUUCUAGAAAAGUGCGAUAUUCAUCGUCUUGCGCCGACAAGCGAUUUCAAGGCAACAUUCAAGGACUGGAAUGAUCUCAUGACUUGCAGCAAAAGGGAGCUCCGCAAUCGUGGCGUUCCGGUCAUGACGCGGCGCGCAAUUCGUUCGGCUGUUUUAGCGUUCCAGAACGGCAACCCUCCAGAGCGGUUUGACACGAAAGAAGAAUGGUUGUAUUAUAAGCAGUUCAAAACGAAGGAUUACAGCUACCGUGUGAUUCCAGAGCUUCCGGAAAAGUAUCGCCCCCAUCAGAACGGUAUUGAUCAAGCUCCUGUCCCGGACUAUUAUGAAAUUAAUCAGAUGCCGGAAUGGGCAGUUAAGGAGGAAAAACGUCUCGCUGAGAAAAAGUCUUCAUCCUAG